AUGACAGCAACAAACAACAACAGCAACUAUAUCGUUUCUGAUGAAAAAGUUAUUGAUUCAUUAGCUGAGGAAUUAGUUGUGAUAGAAACUAAAACCCUCAACGAAAGAAUUGGUGAAAACAAGAUUGAUUUACAUAACUACCUCAAACACGAUGGAGGAAGAGGAAGGAAAACUGGUAUGGCUUUAUUAGUAAAUAAAAUUUCAAAUUUAACGAUUAUAGAUGUUGAUAUCAAUAAAUCGUACAAUAAUGAACUUAAAGAAACAGUUAGAAAAGAUAUUUUAUCAAAACUUUCGGAUAAAGAUGUUAUCGUUAAAACCGCUUCAGGAGGUCUUCACAUUUAUUGCAACACUAAUUUCUUCUAUUCAGUUUCGAACAGAAUGAUUAAAUGUUAUUCUUGCAAUGAUUAUGAUAUUGACAUAAUGACUUCUAUGGAUGAUUCAAAGCGUUCUUUAGUAGUUAUGGCUGAUUCAAGAGUUCGCAAGAAUGCAACAGAACCAAUCAAAACAUACUCAUUCAUUCGUGGAAGUUACGAUUCAACAUUAACUAGAACA